UCAUUUUUUAUUGUGUAAAAUGUGUAUGUUGAAUAUAGACGUUUUGAUUUUUGUACUUUCGAUGGGUAAAUUUGUUCAACUGUCCACAAGCACUCAAGAUAAUAUGACACCAGAGCGCUGUAAAAUGUGGGACGUACUGUUGAGGAAAUGUGUGGAGUGUGAGGAGGGAUAUUUGGGAUUAAAUUGUACAAUGGAAUGUCGCUAUCCAAGCUACGGAAAAGAUUGUCAAACGGCAUGUAACUGUCCACAGUCUUACUGUAGUUUUAUACAUGGAUGUGAAGCUGGAUCUCCGACGCUUUCAACAAAGACACAAGACACUUUCAACGGAUUUACAUCUACAAUAUCAAGAAAAACAAAUCCUACAAUUAAUGUCUGUCCGACUGGAUAUCAAGGAAAUACUUGUGAACUGAAAUGUCGAUAUCCCAGCUACGGUGAUGGCUGUCAGUCUCGGUGUAUAUGCCAGGAAGAUUACUGUUAUCAUGACACAGGCUGUAAUAUGUCAUAUGAUAAUUGCAGAAGAUAUCCUCCAGAGAGACGAAAUGCUUUGCUGAACAGCAUAAUUUUGCUUGCUGUAUGGGCAGUUAUCCAAUUUACAGUUUAUCUUUACCUUUCUUUCUUCUACAAAACAUGAAUUGCAACAGAAUAUGAUCUCAAAUAACCCCAUGCUGAA